UCACGGCUUCGACGCGUUUCGGACUUUCGCCACCACGGAGGAAGUACACCCGCCACUACCCCUCGCCCAAGGCCCCAUAUGGCACCGCCACUGCCGCUCCCUCGCCUAGCCGCCGUUGCGCGCGUCACUCGCUCGCGCAGCGCGGAUAUCGUUCCUCAGCUGGAAACCAGCACCCGAGCGACUCGCGGCAGGGAGGUCUUCACCGUGCAGCAGGAUCACCUGCUCGUUGAGCAUCUCGCGACGAUCCCCCGAGAGUCCAGAUCCACCAUAAGCAGCUUUAAGCGCUUUGCCGAGGACCCACGUUGCAGCAAUCAUUCGGCCAAGAGCUGGCAUGACCACUACCGGAGGCUGGCCGUCAUAUUCGACGCUCGUUGCGACGAGCUGACAAGGAGUCUCUCGACAUCAAGCGUCAACGCUGUGAAUCCGGAGGGGGAGCAGACUCGGAGCAACAGCAUAUCCAGCCAUAUUCGUCGCGAACCCCAGACCUCCAUUCCCCAUCCUACACUUCAUCUCAAGCCCCCUCCAGCCCCUACCCCAUUCGAAAAAGCGAUUUUUGGAGACCUCCUUGCCCAUACUACGCGAUACCUCACCAAGCCCCGCCCGCUUUCCGAAGAAGACAAGGUGAUUGGCCUCAGUCUCGCAAUAGAUCGUCUCGCUCAAGUGCACGGGGUCUCUGCGGAUGCUGCAUACGAUGCCUGGGCUAAUGCCGGAGUCGGAGGCCUUCGCGCUGCCGAUCAAAUGCUCCGACUACGUGCUAAGGCUUCCGAUCCAUUCGCCCAGAUGUCUGCACCGUUGUCGCGCCAUGAAGCAGCACUGCCUACUCCAGAAGCCUCCGAUGACGACGAAGACCCGAUCAUGAUGGCGGCGCAAGUUGUCGUGAAUACGCCUGCUGAACCGUCCGUUGCUCCAGCGAAGCCCACACUCAAGCGUAAACGCGACCAAGGAUCGGAAGCCUCUACUCACUCGUAUGGUACACGAGCGCAGAGCAAACACCGGAAACGAACUAUGGGCGUAGAGGUUACCCACGAACUUUCGCCACACAAGGAAGCUGCUGAAAAGCCCUCGAAUUUGUUGCUUAAGUCGCAGGUCAAGUUUAGAGUUCCCGUGCGGGAUGCCGCCGAUAUUUCUCCCUCGUGGCAUCACUUCCGCCUUGACUCGCAAACUGUGCCGCUUCACGGUCCGCCGCCCGCUGAGACCGGCCCCAUAUCUUGUUCUCCCGUCAAAGUGUCAACUCCAACGCUCGACCAGGUCGCUUCAGCCCGUUCUCAACGAAUUUCCCCAAAGCAUGUCCAGGCUCAUCAGCACCGUCCUCAUACCAAUCCCGCAAGUCCGAAAGAUUUCUCCACCAUGCACACGAACCGCAAUGCGCGCCACCACGUCCCGUUUUCUCCGUCGGCGCAUCGCGGCCUGAUGUCGCGUGUCCUCGACGGUGGACCUGCCGCACGCAGGGCUCGUGCUCCGAGCGUUGAUUCGGAUGAUGAUGAAGACUACGGCAUCGCUACGCUGCUGCAGCUGAAGCAGGAGACGCGGGCGGCGCGGCUUCCUGGCUCGCACGCUCGCCUGCAUUAUACCUUUGAUCGGACGCCGCCAACUGUGGGGCUGGCGUCGGCGUCGACAACCGCCCAGGUUCGGUGA